GUGUUGCCCUCGACGAUACAUAGUAGCAUUCAUGAGCUUCCUAGGAUUCGCUAAUGUUUAUACUCUUAGAGCCAACUUGAGUGUUGCAAUCAUUGCCAUGACCAACAACCACACCAGGACGUUUGGGAAUAAAACAGUCGUGUUUCCUCCUGAAUUCAAUUGGAACAUCGAGACCCAAGGCAUUGUACUAAGUGCAUUUUUUUGGGGCUACAUCGCAACCCAACUGCCAGGUGGUUAUAUAGCGGUUAAAUUUGGCGGUAAGAAGCUGCUUGGUACAGGCGUUGCGGUUACAGCUCUUCUUACAAUUUUAACACCCUUUUUAGCAAGAAAAAAUUUCUAUUUUUUAAUCGCUGCACGUAUUGUAGAAGGUAUCUUUGAGGGUGUGUCAUAUCCAGCGACUCACGGACUGUGGAGUCGAUGGGCCCCACCUGCUGAGCGAUCACGUUUAGUCUCAAUUUCAUUCUCCGGUAGUUACUUUGGUACCGUCAUCGUCAUGCCAUUGUCUGGUCUUUUGUCUGAGUAUUUUGGUUGGCCAUCCAUCUUUUAUACUUAUGGAUUCGCCGCUCUUGUCUGGUGCUUAAUUUGGUUUGUAUUUGUCUCCGAAGCCCCAAAUGAAGACCCAUUUAUUUCGAAUCUAGAAUUGAAUUAUAUUGAAGACUCUAUUGGAAGCCAAGGAUAUAAGGAAGGCAGUAUGCCAUGGAAGUCUAUUCUCUCCUCGGCUCCAGUCUGGGCCAUUGUAGCUGCACACUACACGGAAAAUUGGGGUUUCUACACAAUGCUCACUGAGCUUCCCUCUUACAUGGAAGAUCGGUUCAAUUUUAGUCUAAAGGAUGCAACAGUGCUUGAAGCAUUACCAUAUCUUGUAGCGGGAGUGACUGUUCAAAUUGGAGGUUUUGUUGCAGAUUGGUUAAGGGGCACAGGGCUGAUGACCACGACAACGGUGCGAAAAGCAUUUAUUGUUUGGGGUUUUCUUGGACAGGCAUGCUUCCUAACAAGUGCAGCUCAUUCAGACAACCCAAUUUCAUUCAUUACCAAAAUCAGUUGUGGUGUUGCUUGUGCUAAGAUUGCCUGGACUGGAAUCGGAGUUAAUCACCUGGAUAUCGCUCCACCAUACGCUGGUGUGCUCAUGGGUAUUUCCAACACCAUCGGAACUCUCGCUGGAAUUAUCACACCUUCCCUUUCAGGAUAUCUUGUCCACAGUGAUCAUUCAAUAAUGGGGUGGCGUAGAGUAUUCUACAUCUCUGCAGGGACACAUGUUGUAGGCGCUUUCAUUUAUUACUGCUUGGGCUCAGGAAAAAUUCAGUCAUGGGCAAUGCAAGAACCGUGCAUUGAGGAUGAUGAUGAAAAUGACAACGAUUCUACUCGGUUACAAGUACCGUACCUUGAGGAUGAUGAUGAAAAUGACAACGAUUCCACUCGGUUAAUUCAAUCAGUAAUAAGAUAAGUGCGCCUCAGUCCAUGAGUUCAAACUUCUUCAUUAUUUCUUUAAAAAUUCCUUUAUUGGUCAAAAACUGUCCAACUUCUUUUAUUUUUAAACUUGAAAAAGCCCACUAAUUAUUCUGUACAGAGCUGUAACCAAGUGUUCUCUUACCACUAAAGCUCCAUUUUUUGGUCAAAAAUUUGUAAGUAGACUUCAAUACUCUAAAUCUUAUGUACGUUCUUCAUGUUGGAGUUUUGUAUUCUGUGGAAUUUGAUGAAGUUUGUUGUUCUUUUAAAUUAUUACCCAUUGUAAGUUAAUUUAAAGCAUAUUAUUCGCCUAUGUGUGUUGCAUUAUGUCUGAAACAUAUUUUCUAGACUUCUUAAAAUUCCUGGUUUGCUGAACUAAGUGUGUCAGUCUAAUUAAUAUUUUCUUUUAUGUUCAAGUAAUAUUUCUCUGUAUCAGUGAAAAAUAUCUCAAAUAUUAAUCAUUAAACAAUUUUCUAAGAAUUAUCUUUCAUAUUGUUAGUUAUCUAGAGUUUAUUUGAAAAGAAAUAGGUAGCAGGAAAAAAAGCAAAUAUCAUCUUUUCAAUAUCCAGGUUUUUUAGCGAUUUAUGCUGCUGUCCAUUCACAUUUGCAAUAGACAAUAAAUUCUCCUCUAAAUCUCUCCA